AGAGCAUCAGCGGAGAUAGCAGGCUUUACUUCCUCUAAGGCUAACUCGCUUUUGGGCUUUGGUUCAGAAUGGACACCCCGACGAUUUCUCGGAGCCGACGAUGCUCCAUCAUGCGCAACUGCAAAAGCGGUCUCUCCCUCUGGCUGGUGGUGUGGCUGGUCCUCGGCAAGCCAAGUCCGGCGUCGGCGUGCCCGCACCUGUGCGUGUGCUACCCGACGCCCAUGACUGUGAGCUGCCAGGCGCAGAACUUCACCGCCGUCCCGGUCGGAGUGCCCUACGAGUCUCAGCGCGUAUUCCUCCAGAACAACCGGAUCACGGAGCUUAGAGUUGGCUCUUUUGGCUUCGGGACUCAGGUCCUGUGGCUGUUUGCUAACAACAUCACGUGGAUUGAAGCUGGGGCUUUCAGUGAGCUGAGGGACUUGGAGGAGUUGGACCUGGGGGACAACCCGAGUCUCCACAGGCUGGAAGGAGGAGCCUUCCGCGGCCUGGAGAAGCUCCAGAGCCUCCACAUGCACCGCUGCAAGCUCACUGCUCUGCCCCACGACCUCUUCCACAAGCUGUACAGCCUGCAGUUCCUCUAUCUGCAGGAGAAUAACAUCCACUUCCUGCAGGACGACAUCUUCUCUGACCUCAUCAACCUGAGCCAGCUUUUCCUGCAUGGCAACCGUAUCCGCACACUGUCGGAGAACGUGUUCCGCGGCCUGGUCAACCUGGACCGCCUCCUCCUGCACGACAACCGCAUCCGCCAGGUGAACCGCCGCGCCUUCCGCGACCUGGGCCGCCUCACCAUGCUGUUCCUCUUCAACAACUCUCUGGCCGAGCUGCCCAGCCAGACCCUGAGGGACACCCAGGGCAUCGAGUUCCUCCGCCUCAACGGCAACCCAUGGUCAUGCGGCUGCGAGGCCCGCGCCCUGUGGGAGUGGUUCCGUGAGGCGCGUGUCUCUUCUUCCGAGGUGAUCUGCUCCUCCCCGUCCACCCGCCGCAACCAGGACCUCCGCUUCCUCCGCGAGAUGGACUUCGCCCUGUGCCCGCUGCCCGACCCCGGCUCCAUCGCCGGCUCCACCACCACCACCUUCAGCACCAAGACACGCUGGUGGUUCCACAAAAACAAGCCCCAGUCGUCCACCAAGGGUCUCUUUGAGAAAGCGUCGGAAACCGUGAAAGCCGGUUUGUACGGGAAAGGCCCAUCCACAACAACCUCCGUAGUCAAGUACGAGCUGGGGGAGGAGGAGCUGGCGCUGCCGAAACUCGACGCAGAAGAAUACUGGGCCAACUACGGCAACGAGGACUCAGGUCUCACCGUUCGGUGCUUCGAGCUCGAUUGUCCAUCUGACUUCGACUUGCCUCCAUCUUCCUCCUCUCCCUCGUCCUCCUCCUCCUCUACUCUCACACUACUAACCCUCUCUACUUUCAGCCUCUGCCUCCACCUUAUAUUCGGCUGAACGUGACUCUUAACACCCCUGUUGUCGCCUUCCGGCCUGUUUUAAAGGCUGCGACGACCACCUGUUAGACUCUACACCCCCUUUGCCCGUUUUGCUGUCUGCCUGCUGAUCCUCAAAGGCGCAGCCAGGGAGAUAGGGGGUUACACGGUUAGAUUCUUAAUCUAAAACCUUACAGGGCUUAACACUUUUCAGGGCUGAUAAGAGUUCUUCAGCUAACAUCAUACACAUUUAAAAUACUCUACAGGUGUGGCUUUCUGUGUCUCACACUGUAUGGUUAGGAUUCCCUGCAAUCAGGGAGGGCUACGAGGGCUGAGUGAGUCCGUCGCUAAUAUCAGUUUGCAAUUUGAUAGCAGUUGUGAAUGAUGUUGUCAAUUUUUGUCACCUCGACUUUAGAUAUAUCGCUACAAAGUGCAUCCGAUUCACUGGUUGCUACAAAUACUAUGAUUACUGUUAGAAUCAGUGCACAGUAAUGACAAUACUGUAACCACUUAAAGUGUUGUGUAAAUAAUAGGCUGUAUUUUUGUGAUAUCUGUGAUCACUUCCAUCUUCAUGCAGAAGAGAAAGCAUAGAAAAGGGACUUCUAUGGGACAGAACAUAGAGAGAGGAGACGAUAUACUGUGAAGCUGUGAAACCGAAAAGGGAGGAAAAGAAGAAGUCACUGAGAAGGGAACAGUGGAAAGGAAAGUGACAGGGAGUAGAGGGAGGUAUUUCUGCAAAACAGGAUUAGAAAGAGGAAGAUAGAAGAGGAAGGAGGAGCAGCAGUUCGUGCAGCAAUAAGAAGAGGCAGUGGGAAGACAGACAGGACAGUGCUGGCACUAGAAGCAGCAAGCAACGUGCAGGUGAAAAGUAAUAAAUUCAUUCAUCGGUAGUUGUUCCGUUCAUCCUCAUUUGCAUUUUCUGUCAACGUGGUUUCCUUCUGGACAACCACAGGGAACGAUUCUUCCUGUCAGGAAGCCAGAGAUUUGGUAUUUGGAUGUCUUUCUGUGACAUAUUGAUGAUAUACUGUGUAAAAGAUUGUUGAUUUGAAUGCUGAUGAAGAUCUUGAUAUAAAAUUAUACAUUGAA